CCUUUCUGCACACGACGAAAAUUUCGAGCUUCGGAGAGCCUCACUUGCAUAGAGAAGUCGGUUCUAUGUGGUCAUAGUGAACGCGUUUGUCCUUUCUUGUGCGUUCUUCAGUGGUACAGUGAUUCUGGUGAAAAUUUUUGUGAUCCAACAAAAUUCAAAUAAACCAGCAGACGGUUUUAACAAAAAUUUCACCCGAAUGAUCCGAGCAAGUGAAAGAAAAAGUGGACCAUUGGACCAGCAGUGCUCGUGAAAAAACAGCUCCCCGCUGAGGAACAGAACACCCAGGAACAGAUUAAAAUCCGGAACGAGGACACUCGCUCUAUCCCACAUACCGACCGUCAGUCAGCCCUACCGCACAGACCACCAGGGGACCCCACCAGAAUUUAACUUUCUUCCAACACGGUUAUCGGAUGCUGGUUUCGGUAAGGAAGUGAUCAGUGGGAAUUGGUCGUGAUAGUGGUCGCAAUACAAACGGAACCAAAGAUUUCACGAGUUCGGUAAUACACAGCACGGGAACGGUUUUCUUCUCGCCUUGCACCUAAAUUCAGGACGGAUUUGCCAGCGUGAAAGGGUACCAUCAUGGCCGAUAAAAAAGUAGCGGAACAAUACUAUGCCCCACCCGAGAAACUGGGCAAAUGGGAAGGAUUCAGCAAAUUUAUCUGGAACGGCGAGACCAGCCAGUGUCUUGGCCGAACUGGGUCCAGUUGGGCGAAAAUUCUAUUAUUCUACUUCAUCUUCUACGCGAUACUGAUCGGAUUUUUCGUAGCUAUGCUGGCAGUGUUUUGGCAGACACUCGAUAUGAAGAUGCCUAAAUAUCAGCUCACCGAGUCGCUAAUAGGGUCGAAUCCAGGUCUGGGCUUCCGACCGAUGCCCAAGGAAGAUAUCGUUGACAGUACGUUAAUUUGGUACAAAGCAUCCGAUAAAGGAAACAUUGAGGCCUGGACAAGACAGAUCGACGAGUUCCUGGAACCAUACCUAACCGAAGAAGACAACCGCGUUGAUUGCUCGUUCGAUAGCAAACCGCCAGCUGGCAAGGUCUGCAAGGUUCCGAUGAACGAAUGGGGUCCUUGUACCAAGGCGAACCGAUUCAACUUCAAGAAGAAGAGUCCUUGCAUAUUCCUGAAACUUAACAAGAUCUUCAACUGGGUCCCGGAUAUGUACAACUCUACCGAAAAUCUACCAGAGAGCAUGCCAGAUGAUCUCAAGGAACACAUCGGUGCUGAGCUUGGCCGAGGUGACAAAAACGCCAACAUUGUCUGGGUUUCGUGCGCCGGUGAAAAUCCCGCCGACAACGAACACAUCGGCCCAAUCAACUACAUCCCACGUCGAGGAUUCCCGGGAUAUUACUUCCCGUUCAAGAACAUCGAAGGCUAUCUGCCACCGAUCGUCGCCGUGCACUUCGAAAGCCCCAAAAAUGGUGUCCUGAUCAACAUCGAAUGCAAAGCCUGGGCUCGCAACAUCCACUUUGAUCGGGCGGACCGAAGAGGGUCCGUCCACUUCGAGCUGAUGAUUGAUUAAGAGUCGCGGCCAUCGUCCCUAAUAGCAGCUGGCAAGAGCAAAGCAGGCCGUAGAAGAUGAGUCAAGGUGCAGGCGAAACAACACAAAACCUGGGCAAGUAGAAGAUCGAACAACAAAAGCAGUAGAAGAAUUACCGAAACUCUCACACAGCAAAAGCAACAAGAUCUGCAACCAAUAGCGCGAGAGAAGAUAAAUUUAAACGAUUUCUAAUUGAUUGAGCAUUGAUUAAGCGUAAUUUAAGAACGUGAACAUGUCAAAGAAGGGAGAUAAAAUCGGAAAAGUGAACUCUACAAAGCAUGAAAAACAAAUUUAGGUGCGAUCAAUAAUUAAUUUAAAUUAUAACAUAAAUACAGCAACGUAGACACUAAACAAGAAUUAAAAAAAACAUUCGCGAAACAUCAUCUCGUUUAGGACGGAAACAAAUAAAUAAAUAAUUAAAACAAGAAACAAUUGACACAUGUACAGCUCUUAAGUGUAUACUCAUACUAGAAUCGCGACACAAAAAUAUCCCAAAAACAUAACAAAUUGCUAGUCAAAGAGGUUAGCGCAGACGAACGCGAAAACAGAAUGAUUCAAUGGGACAGUGUUUGGAAUGAUGGAACAAUUGACUGAGAAGCUGAACAGUAACUAUAUCUACACAAAACACAUACACUUUGACAUACAUACAUACACACAGACAGUGAGACGAAUGUUGACGAAUUCUUCUAAAUAAAUAAGGCUAGCGAUGGCAGGUGUACUCGUUUCGGAAGUAUUUUAGAAGUGAUUUGAAAACGCUGAAUCAGUUUGUUUUCGAAUCUAGAAAUGUGUACAAACAUGAGAAUUAAAACAAAAACAAAAAUCGGUGUAAAGAUCGGCAAGCUCGAAAGUAGGACGAGGAAAUAUUAUUUUUUUGUAUGAGUCAAACAUAAAGAUGUCAAGCUUUUAUAGUGAUUUAGCAGAAUACAAAUCAACAACUUGCUAGCCGAAGAGUAUCGAUAUAUUUGUGAUUGGGGCGAGAUCGGAUACAUUAUGUAUUUAUUUUUGCUUCAGUUUCACAUUUCAAAACGUCAAAAUGUUAUGAUAUGGAGAAUAUAAAGUCACAAAUAUAUCUGCGCGAAAUAUCAACAAAGAAACGGCGAAAACACGAAUCUUAUAGGAGUAACAAUUGAUCCAACAGGUGAAUAGUUGCUAACUAAAAAAAAAACUAGUGCAUACAAGCAGUCAAAAUCAUCUGAAUGAGAAACACGUUUAAGGGCCUCUUUCUAUUCUUACACUCACUGCCCAACAAAAAAAAUAAACAUAAAAAUGCCCAAGUAAAGACAAGUUCAUGACCUUACUGUAAAGAGUAAAAUUGAUUUAACAAACGAGCGGAAGUAAGCAGAUAUGAAGAACAUAUAAGAAACAAAAGAUCUAAUUCGAUGUAAUUUAAACUUAGGAUGCAAAAUCGGAUGCAUAAGAAGUAAACAAGUAAACUUGAUCGUGUAAUUAGGUACUUCGUCAUUAAUACAAAAAAGUCAAUAGAUUCGAGGAAACGAAUGUCACGCGGUAGACGAUGGUCAUUAUCAGGUGGGGAACUAUUUGCCUCUAAGCAAGCGGUCAUUUUGAAAUGAUCCAAGAUGACCAUGGCGUGGAGCGAAUACUGUUGUCCCCCUCCCCUUUACGGAAGUGGGUCGUCAUUAUAUGGUGACCGGAACAGUUGAUUUGAGCAUGUGUAUGAAUCUUAGAGGCAAAGCUAUUUAGUUUGCAAAUAAUAACAAUUGUUAAAAGUAUUAUUAAAAAAAAUAUUGGAAAAAAUUGAUAGGAAAAAUUGACAAAAAAAAUAUUAAAAGUUGAGCCUCGUAUAAAUAACACCUAGCGAAAACAGAAAGUGGGCGGAAUGAGAAAUAAGGAAAAACAUCAAACAAACAAAGCUAUAAUUGAAUGUUAUUGAUAGUGCACCAUGGCAUUUUGAAUGUGUUGAUCUAAUUCUGUUCAGGUGUGACAUGUUCGCUUCCGGCUCGUUUUCAACAAAGAAAAAAAGAUGGCGUUAGGCAUACUUCAUGGCAAUUCGUGUGUAGUCGAUUAAUUCCAAAUUAAGGUAAAACAGAGUUUGUUCAACUAAUGUCGUCUCCUUAUUUCCGUUAUUUAUUCAUUAGUAUUAAAUUAUUUAUUUGUGGUUGACAACAAAGAAAUAUUUUGUUCCUUUAUAGUUUUCCUAAUAUAAAAAUUACAACUUUUGCUUGGGUAACGUGUUCAUAUAUCGAAUACUGCAAAGAAACAAUUUAAUAAAGUUGAUGAAUCUGUUUAUGUAACACAUAGAAUAACUGUAAUGAACGAAUAACUAAACGAUAGUAAAACACACAGCAAAAAUGAGAGAAAACAAUAGAAUGCCACACCGUGGUAUCCUUACUUUUUGAGCUUAGGCUAAAUAGUUUUAUAUGAACUUAGUCAAUAUUUUAAAAAUAAACGAAGUGAACUAUUGAAAAGUGAAACUUUAUUUUAGUGGAUAUUGAGUUGUUUGGAUUAUAUUAAGGAUGCUACUGAAGAUAACAUUUAUUACAAGUGGUAUGUAAAAUUGAUUGUGGCUAAAUUAGUAGACCUAUUUUGUGUUAUUUCUACAUUUACCGCUGAAAUAAAACGUGUUUAAAUAGCUGAAAAUGUGUUACAAAAACUGGAAAGUAUACAUAUAGUGAAGCCAGCUCGAAAAAAAAAAUUAAACAGUGAAACUGAUUGUUACAUUUAAACUACCGUAGAGAUAAAGCAGAUUAAUAUGCUCCCGUAUAGAACAUGCAACAGCUACACUACUUUAAAAAAAAAUCCAGUUAAGGCAAAGGAAUCAGAUAGAGUUUUACUUAGCAGGUCGCAGGGUAGCGUCGCUUACAGGCAAACCACAAUAUGCAAAAAUAAUGGCAUUUAAAGGGGUUCUUAACGCAUAACAUAGUUUCAUUCACCUACAACAACAAGCUAUUAAAAACACCCACCACAUACACACGAUUACAGCUAAACGUAAAAUAUGAAAAAUAUGAAGAAAAACAUACUAAAAAAUAAACAAAAACAAGCAACAAUGUAAAGUUAUUAUAUCUUUUUAAUGAAAAAUUAUUGAAAUAAAAAUCGAAAAAUCUAUAGA